UUGUCAUCCCAGCUUUUGUUGAGUGAAAAAUUAAAAUUUAUUAUACAUUUGAAGGUAUUUCUAACUUAGAAUGGGUAAAAAAGUGUUUAAAAUGACGUGAGAACAUCAAAAAGUGUCUAUUGAAACAGCAGCAUAAGCGUUACAGUGCGAGCCCAUCCUCAAUUCCGGGCCAGAGUGUGAGUUUGUAGUUAAAACAAGAGAGAGACAAGAUAAUGGAGUUAUCUUCUAUUAAGAUGUUCUUUAGCAUGAAUUAUUUUAAGAACACUGAUGAUGAGAAAACCUCCAAUGAAAUGGAGGAUACAGUAAUUGUGCAAAAAGAUGAGACUAAGGAAAUUAAUUUUGAUCGCGCUGAGCCAGAUUCUACGUCAAAACAGUGUGGCACAAGCUCAAAUCUGCCAGAUUCAGAAACAUCUCAGAAAAACUGCAUGUCUGAGUCUGACGUAGCUCUAAGCAGUGAAGGCCCAAGUAACGAGCAGAAAACCAAGAAACUAAAACUAGAUAUAAAUAAAGCAAGGCUCCUGUGCGAAGCGAUAGAUGAUACGGAUUCGAGCCCGUCCAGCAACGUUGAAAACACACCCAAACAAGUUUGGCUUAAAAACGAAAGUGAAGACGGGUUCAAAUUCCGCAGUCUUGACUUUGAUAAGUCUUAUGACAUAUACGAAAUGUCUGAGAGCUCAUCCCUUGUUGAAGAAGAGAACCUUGAUGAAGAAUCGUCGGACAGAUCAGACAUAUCAGUAAUAUCGGCUGACAACGAAGAAAUCAAGAUGUGUCGUAAAGUGGAACCGGAAGCAACAGAAGACUAUCAGCGAGUACAAUCGGCCAGCGCUGAGCCAUUUGCGGACAUAGAAGUUGAGAAAAAUGAAGAAGAACGCAUCAUGAUGCUGUUGGAAUACCAAAUGAACCUGCAAAAGUUAGAUUGCAUACUCAAAAAAGUGCUUUCAGAGUUCCAAUUUCAAAUCGAAGUAUCAAAAGUGUUCCAUUGCCGUUCCAUUGUCACCACGCUGCCUGGAACUGACAUCACUAACAUCCCAAAUACGUUGGGCGAGGUCACGUACAUUGACAACUUAGACCGCGGUGUUAGUCCGUCUGGGUCAUGGAAUAUCGUCAUGGAAAAGGAAGACGACGAUGCGAAAUUAAAAUUAAAAAAGCAGCUAUCUUCUAUGAAGCACUGCAUUGACGAUUUCAUAGACACCUAUCUUCAAAAGCAGAAGAAAUGCAAGAAGUUUUUACCCAAAAACAAGAAAAAGUUCAAGUAUUUCGAUUACCCGGACUACAGAGACGCUAUGCUCAGUCUAUUCUCCCCAGAACAUAUCAAAGAGGAUACUAACGUCACGAACGUUACCAAAAUGAGCGAUUACGACGAACACGACGCGCCUAAAUGCGUCUGCAGGUGCCAGCUACACCGAUCCCCAUCUACGCCCACCGAUUCUGGUCUUACCACUAAAAACGACCGAUCUAUAUCCAGUCAGUCAAUAACCUCUUCAAUCGGCAACUUCAGUCUCGAUUCAUCCACUCUGACCGCCUACUCCGAGUCCCUAGACCAGAUAGUGAGCUACAAUAGCUUCCAAGACACAAGUUUCUACAGCACGUUGCUUCAAAAAGCUGCAAUCGAACGCAUAACAUUCUACGUUCAAGUGCACAGCAUACAGCUGAAAUGCGAGCCGUCUGAUCAGGAAUUCGAGUCGAAAAACGUCAUAACUUUCCAUUGUCCGGCUUGUAAAUCGCUAGAAAGCGAUGAGAAUGGUCUACUAAGACAUAUAUUGAGCCAACGUCACUGUGAGAAGAUUCAUUUUCUGUACAAGACUGCGUAUAUCAAGAAAUGCGUGUCAGCAGGCAAGGAAAUACAGCCCAGUACUGUGUUAAACCCUAUGAAGAUGUAUCGUGAUGAGAACAAGAUAGUAUGCUUCGGAGAUGCCAUGUAUGCUUGCUCGUUAUGCUUCGAGAACAUCAUCGUCGGUGAGUCUGUUCUCAUGGCACACUGCUCCGACCCAGAACAUGUGGAACGCAGAGAUAAAUUUUUCGAAAUCAUAGAAUAAGUGCAUGUUGCAUGAAUUAGUUCCUUGCUUUUAGUUUUCUUAGAAUGCUGGUGUCGUUACUAAAGAUUUUUCUCAAAUUAUAACUUUUUUGUCGAGUUCAUUGUGCCAUAUUUUUUAUCAAAAUAAUCAACAAAAAAGAGCCAUUCCCAUUUCGAAGGCACCAGUUUGUUUAGUGUAUUUCUAAACUAAUAGCAAGGGAUACAUUUUAAUCGUAAAAUAGGUAAUUUGUAUACUUACUUAUUUACUUUAUGAUAUCUUACAGUUUUAGCACUUUUUACUUACACACUUUUGGGUUGGGUCAAAACUUUUAUUACAUUUUUUUCUAACAUUUUACAUAUUUUUUUACUAAUAAAAAUUUUAAAAAAAUGUAGACAAUACCGUGCUAAAACUCUAAGGUUUCUCUAAUUUAUUUAUGUAAGUAGUGACAGCAAUUUUAUAAUUCCAUUAUUAUUGUUUUUUUGUACAAAAAUUAAUACUGAUCAGAUCUCAAGUUGAUUUAUUCAUAUAUUUUUGAUGGCCCUUUUUGUUCUUAAAAAGCGACCAAAGUUAGUCCAGUUAAGGAGAAAUGAAUUAGGUAUUUUAACCCCGUUGCUGACUUUUUAACGACCCUUACGAUAUUUUGGUUUAAUUUUAUU